AUGUCGGGCAACUCGCUCCCGCGUCCUUCACGACCCUCGAUCGCUCCACCGACUGGACCAUUGCCUUCGUUACCAGUCGCCAAGUCUCGAAGCUCCAAUGCCAGCCCCGCCCCGCGAAGCUCGUUGCUUCCCAGCCCAGCUGCAGCAAGCCGCGCCGUUUCCUCUUCAGCGCUGCCCUAUCGACCCAGCUCGAGACAUACAACCUCUCCCUCUGUGCCAUCGCUACCCGCGAAUGAUGGGCCUGCCGGCGCGCUUCCAGUCGGCAAAUCGCUGCGCAAGACUGUAAGUAUCGGCGCAUUCCCGCAGCCGCCCAAGCACAUAGGAAGAUCCAAUCCUACUAGUCCACUGUCGGCGAGUCUAACCCCCAGCGGGGAGACGACGGACCGGAGACUCUCCUCGGUGUCAAAAGGCCCAGUCCCCUCGCGGGCCAGCAGUCUGAAAAAGCCGAGAACGUCCAACAUCGGAGGCGCGCGAGGUCUCCUAUCAAGAUCCCCACUAUCACCGCCCAGCCUACUCAAUGGCAGCGCCGACUCGGUGACAGUCGACAACGGCCAUCUGAGCCUGCCGUCCCCUCCGCAGAGUCGCAACUCUUCCCCCCAAGGAUCCUAUGCGACAAGUGCGACCACGUUCGAAGAUGUCGGAGACGACGACGCGAGAGGGCGUGGAAAUAAAGACGGCAAAGGCAAUGUUAUUGUCAGCGUGCGCGUACGGCCAGACAUUGGAGCCAAAGACAGCAAGCAGGAGAUGGAGUGGGAAGUGGACAACAAGCACGCAUUGAUAUCCUAUAAAGGCCGUGAGGGCGGAGACUAUACCUAUGACAAUGUCUUCGAUACCCAGGACAACAAUGCACGUGUGUACGAUUCUGCAGCCAAGCGACUGGUCCGACGGGUCAUGGAGGGUUACCACGGCACUGUCUUUGCCUAUGGCAUGACUGGAACAGGAAAGACUUUCUCCAUGCAAGGAACCGCAACCAAUCCCGGCGUAAUCCCAUUGGCCAUCACAGACAUCUUCUCUUACAUUCGUGAGACACCCCACCGAGAGUUUCUCUUGAGGGUCAGCUAUCUUGAGAUCUACAACGAGAGGAUACACGACCUGCUGGCAGGACCUGUUGUAGGUAUGAACGGCCAACCUGGGCCGCAAGAAGAGAUCAAGCUACGCGAGGACAGCAAACGUGGCGUUUAUGCAACCCCACUAAAAGAAGAGAUUGUACAAAGUCCGACACAGCUACUUAGGGUCAUUGCACGCGGUGACAAUGCUCGUCGAGUGGCUGGUACACAAUUCAAUGCGCGCAGUUCACGAAGUCAUGCUGUUGUGCAGAUUGUUGUCGAGAGUAGAGAACGCGCACCUGUGGGUCCUGCUGCCUCGAACAACACCAAACGGGCGGCUAUCAUUCCUGGCGGUGUUCGUGUAUCGACCCUCAGUCUCAUUGAUUUGGCGGGCUCCGAGAAAGCGGCGGACAACAAGGAGAGACGGACCGAAGGUUCUCACAUCAACAAAAGUUUGCUCACUUUGGGUACUGUCAUCGGCCGCUUGGUCAGCGACAAAGAAAAGUCGGAAAAAGACAAGUCAAAGGGAGACAAACACUUGCCAUAUCGAGACAGCAAGCUCACUCGACUUCUACAACCGGCCCUUUCCGGCAACUCUUUGGUCAGCAUUCUUUGCACGAUUCAGAUCGGAGCCAGUGGCAGCAUUGCCGCGGCCGUCAGCCACACGGGCGAGACACUAAACACCUUGAAGUUUGCAUCUCGAGCAAAGAACAACAUCGUCAGUCAUGCCAAGAAAGCAGACGAGUCCAUGGGCGCGGGUGGAGACGCAGGAAGUCGGGCAUUGCUCGACCGCUACCGCCUAGAGAUUCAAGACCUCAAGAAACAACUCGAAGAGGGCAAGACCAAGGAGACCAAGGAAGAAGACGAGGAUGAGUUCAAACGGGACAUGGAGCAAGAAAAGGCACGCGAGCUGGAAGACAAGCAACGACAUGAAGAGCAGAUGCUUGAGAUGCAGUUGGCGCGCACAGCAUUGAAAGAGCGAAUCGAGCAUCUUAAUAGGCUAAUAUUGAGCUCGAAGUCUCUUGGUGUCAACAACGGCCGAUCCUUCUCUUCGAUGAGUUUCCAGCGCGGUUCUAUAGGCACUCACGUCGACAUGCGACCGAGUUCUGUACGCUCAUCUGCAAGCCAUGCUACCCUCGAAGUACCAGGACAGAAUCACGCGCAACAUUCGCACCCAGUGGAUGGCUCCGAAGAAGAUGAUUCGGUGGGAGAGAAUGGGGAUGGCAUUGCAAGUCAGACUGUACAGAUACAUGCACUGCAAGCAGAUCUCGCAGACAAGAACCGGUACAUUACCACGCUGGAGAAGCGACUGUUACACGCUCGACGGUCAAGUCACUCACGCGUCUCGAUGACAUUGUCACACAAGCUGGGGGGAAGCAGCGAGGACGGCGGCCUGAUUGCAGUAAUUACCGAAAAGGACACGGAGAUCUCAAACCUGCGAGCACAACUCGAAGACAAGGAGCGAAUGAUUGCAGCCCUCACAUCAGCUCGUAAGAAGAACGACAACGCACACGAAGUGGGGAGUGACGGAUCACCUGGCAGCCGGCGGACUUCGUCGUACCAGCGUAGUGGCAGCGAGGGCAGUAGUGUAAGCCUCAUCGCCAAAGGCCCAACCUCACCUAUCAGCCCCAAGCCCUUCCUACCACCGCCCGCCGCAAGCACUGGAAAGAACAUUGAGGAAAUGACACGAAUGCUAGACGAAAUGAUCACAGGAAGAGUGGAAAAGACGGCGAGGAGAAGCAGCUUGAUGCCUGUUACCGAGGGGUAA